UCUCCUGGAAAGAAAACAAAGAAGCUUCCCACAUUCAUUUUGCUACCUUAUCACGAGACUAACGUGCUUCCUUUCCUUAAUUUUUCACAUAUAACCACCAACUCCACCACCCUUCUGUUUUGCUCUCUCCUUUCCGCCCAAAUGGCCGAUUCCGAAUCCCGACGUCGAGGCUCCAGUAAGCGUUCCUCAUCUGUUACAUUACCCGGGACAGUCUCAUCGCCAUCACUAUCAUCAUCAUCAUCACCACCACCAGUACCUUCAGCACCAUGUGGUGCAUGCAAAUUCCUGAGGAGAAAAUGUGUUAGUGGCUGUAUUUUUGCACCCUACUUUGGCACUGACCAAGGAGCUGCCCGGUUUGCCGCAGUGCACAAAGUGUUUGGUGCUAGUAAUGUGUCCAAGCUCUUGUUACACAUUCCGGUGAACCGCCGCCACGAUGCUGUAGUUACUAUAUCUUAUGAGGCUCAGGCACGCCUCUCUGAUCCUGUUUACGGCUGUGUCUCCACCAUACUUGCCUUACAGCAACAGGUGGGAUCUCUGCAGGCUGAGCUAUCAAUGGUGCAAGGUCAACUGCUAAACAGCCGUUUCACCAUGGCGAAUGCCCUACAAAAUUCCCCCCACCACCACCAGCAGCCGCAGCCUCAUGUGGGGGUGAUGCAGCCCGCCUACUCAAACAGCUCCUCAGUCUCUACCAACUUCAUCAAUAUGAGCAACUUCGCCUCCAACUUCGACCUUGUAGCUGAGACUGCAAUGUCAGUGCCAUCUUCUCAGAGCAUGGAUCCCCUCCAUGACCUUUCGCGGCCCGCCCUGGAUGAUGAAGAAGAUGAAGAAGAGAGCCAGAUUCCUUUCAUGUUUACUAAUGAGGAGAUAAUUCGUGGCAGGAGAUAA